AUGGAGCCCCUGGAAUCGGUGACGUUUGAAGAUGUAGCCGUCGACUUCAGCCAGGAAGAGUGGAGCCUGCUAGACAAGUCCCAGAAAAACCUGUUCAGAAAUGUGAUGCUGGAAACGGUCACCCACCUGGUCUCUGUAGGCUAUCAGAUCAGCAAAUCAGAUGUGAUUUUCCAACUGGAACAAGGGAAAGAGUUGUGGCCGGAAGCAACAAUGAGUGUCUACCUGGACACGGGCAAACCAGUAACAGCCUCAUAUCUCCUCCCCUCAAAGCAGGUUUCUCACCCACAAAGGGAUCCUGCUGGAUGCGCUGAUUUGAGAGAUGAAGUUACUCCUACAUCUUCACUUCAAUAUCCAGUAGUUCCCUUCAGAAGCAAACAUAAUGUCAGCAAACAGCAUGGCAAAUCACUUAGUCAAGGGUCAUCCCUCAAUGGACAGGGUCGCAUUCACACUAAACGUAAAUCAUGUGAAUGUGCUCCGUGUGGGAAAGUUUUUAACAGAUGCUCUAGCCUUAGCAGACAUAAGAUGAUUCACACUGGAGAGAAACCAUUCAAAUGUCAACUGUGUGAGAAAGUCUUCAGUCAAAGAUUCUCCCUGAAGGUACAUGAGAAAACUCACACAGGAGAGAAGCCCUACGAAUGUCAUCAGUGUGGAAAAGCCUUUAGUAGAUGUGCCAGCCUCAGGAGACACAGCAUGAUUCACACUGGAGAGAAACCAUUCAAAUGUCAUCUGUGUGGGAAAGUCUUCAAUCAAAAUUCCUCCUUGAAACAACACGAGAGAACUCACACAGGAGAGAAGAGAUAUGAAUGUCAUCAGUGCGGCAAAGCCUUUCUUCAAAGCUCUGGCCUUAGUUCACAUAAGAAAGUCCACACUGGAGAGAAGCCACAUGUAUGUCUUGAGUGUGGGAAGGCCUUUACUCAUAGUUCGGGGCUUCAUGUGCACAAGAGAAUCCACAUUAGAGAGAAACCAUACGUACGCUCUGUGUGUAGGAAGGCCUUCAGUAAAUAUGCUAAGCUGAGGGAACAUGAGAGAACCCACAGCGGAGAGAAGCCGUAUGAAUGUCAGCUCUGUGGAGGACACUUCACUCAUGCCUCUUCCCUUAGACGACACAAGGGAACCCAGCACAGGAGAGAAAACCAGUCACACCCUCAGUAG